ACCGCAUCCUGGCCACCGAGAUCCCACGUAACUACCCGGACUGCCAGAGCUCGCCGGCUCGCCGCCACUGACCAGGCAGGAGUAGCCCAGUGCCCGCCGCAUGGCCGCGCGCGCACCGCUCGUCAUGGCGCGCGCCGCCGCUAGCGCCGGCCCGCUCCCGGCUGCGGCAACCGUGGCCCCGCGCCAGCCCGCGCAGUGUCUCCGCGCGAGGGGGGCUGUCAGCGGCCUCUUCUUCGACCAGCGGACAGCGCACCCGGUCCGCCGCCUCCUCCCUGACGCCAAGUUCGGAGCGAUUGGGAGCACCGCGGAGGCCGCGCCGGCGGAGGGGCUCGUGCAGAAGCUGCAGGGAGUCGAAGUGUUCGACCUGAACGGCAAGGCGGUGUCCAUCGUUGAUCUGUGGAAGGAAAGGAAGGCAGUGGUUGCGUUUGCCCGCCAUUUCGGAUGCGUGUUGUGCCGAAAGAGGGCGGACCUUCUAGCCGCAAAGCAGGAUGUCAUGCAAGCUGCUGGAGUUGCUCUUGUUUUAAUUGGACCAGGCAGUGUUGAACAGGCAAAGGCAUUUUGUGAGCAAACCAAAUUCAAAGGAGAAGUAUAUGCAGACCCAACUCACUCAUCAUAUGAUGCUCUUGAAUUUGCAUUUGGGUUGUUCUCUACCUUCACGCCAGCGGCUGGCCUCAAGAUAAUACAAUUGUACAGGGAAGGAUACAGGCAGGACUGGGAAUUGUCAUUCGAAAAGAACACUAGGACAAAAGGCGGAUGGUAUCAAGGGGGGCUGAUUGUUGCAGGUCCGGGUAUCGAUAACAUCUUGUACAUCCACAAGGACAAAGAAGCCGGAGAUGACCCUGACAUGGAGGAUGUGUUGAGAGCUUGCUGUUCCUGAAAAUUAGUGCCCCCACGCCCACACAGUCACUCCAUCUCUUGUUGUAAAAGUCAGGUUGUAAGUAGCCCUCAUCAAUCUUCAGCGAUCCUGUUCAGGGUGUAUGGGCCUUUUUUUCUUAUAUAUAUACGGCGCGCGGGGAAAGCCAAGCUACAUGUACAUAUGUAUGGUUCUAUAUAGAAAUUAAUAAAUUUGUGGAUAUCUGCUUGCAUGUGCUGCUAUACUACUCGAUGUCGCGCUGAUUUUCUAUUCAAGACUUGUUUAGAUAUAGUCGGAUUGGCACCAAUCUAUAUAUAUUAGGGUGGAUCGAGGUGUAAUUUAAUUCAAAAUUCGUUACAAGGUUGAAGUGAA